CUAAUAUUAAUUUGUCCUUGAGAAUUUCAAUUGCCCUAUGAAGAUAACUACUUUCUGUAACCAAAGCAACGGUUUGGUAAGUUUAGUCAAUAUUUUAUUAACGAAAUAUACACUGUCGUCAAGUCAAAUGCGAAAUAUAUUUUCAAAUGUCAAAUUGAAAUAUUCCAUGUUCAUUUACUAAUGUUAACAAUGGUACUUAUUUACAUUAAACGUAAUGAUCAAAACAAGUUCAUUUAUGAGACAUGUCUCAAUACUAAAAUUGAUGAUUUGGCUCAGUCACUUGCUACAAUAUACAACGGGUGUUUGAAAGUAGAUCGCAUUUGUGGAGAACUAGAAGAACUAGCCAAAUAUGGCACGCUUUAUCCACCUGAGAUUUUGGGACUUACAGAAGAACAAGUUAAAGAGCUCAAAAGAGAAGACUAUUGGGGCGAGAGGUGUAUUCCAAGUGGCGGUUAUGAUUUAGUGAAGGAUCCGAUCGGACGCAGAAAUGGAAAACAACCCAAAAAGGAUAUGCAAGAUUUAUUAAAUAAAACUAUAAAAGAGGCAAAGGAUUUAAUUUCGCCAAAGAUUCUUGUUCCUCAAGGAAUACGUUUAACGAUGAAAGUUGUCCAACAGGCGAUUGAUUUAUUGAGAGGCGCGGUCAUGAUUGUUUAUCCCAUGAAACUACCUCCUCAUGAUGUUAUCAGAAUGGAACUAGAAAAUAUAGAAGAUUUGUCUGGAACGCAAGCAUCUUUGGAAGUUAUAGAUCCUGCAAGCGCUCAGUUGUGGUUUUGCGGAAAGGAGAUGUAUCGAGAUGGAAAAACAUUAAGAGAUUAUGUCGGAAAAAUAGAAAACUGCAAGGUUACCAUCAAGUUGUCUAAAAGAGGUGAGGGGCCACCUGCAAGAGAACCAAUAAUGUCGGAAGAACAAAGAAAACAACUGAUGGCGCACGCUUUUCGCAAACAAGAGGAACUGAAAAAAUUGGAAAUGGACGAAGAUGAUAGUUACCUUAACUCUGAAUGGGCUGACAAUAAUAAUCUCAAGCGCACAUUUCACGGUUUGAAUAACAUUUACUGGAAACCCGGAAAAAAAUAAAAACGGAACAAACUUUGAUCGAAUAAUGCACAAAUUUUCUCAUUUAUUUUUUUGUUUAUGCACAGGUUAAUGUGAUUAAAGUUGCUCGAUUCAACAAAUUUCCCUAAUUUUCAGACUAAAAGAAAUGUUUAUAUCAGGUUUUAUGAAGGAUGCAGAUACAAAAGCAGCAUUUACUCAAAAAUCGUCAUGACAGUGUAUGAUAUUAUACAAUCUUCUUUAUAGUUUCAUGGUGUUGUAUGUUUUACUGUAAAUCAAGGAAAAAUAAAAUCUAAAGAAACCUGCUACUAA